UCCAACAACGUGUCUCUUUUCUUUUUCUUCAUCUCGCUUCGUUUCUGGACCUUACACUCUUUUAACAACAAAAACAAGAACAUUACAACACACAUCAAAAUUUUCAACUACAUCAAUAUCCAAAUACCCUAAACCUAACUCUCUGUUUUUUGGGGGUUGGAAAUUUUGUAGCAGGUGAAAAUGGCGAGCUCAGUGGAGAAGGAGGGUGCAGGGGAAGAAGCUGUGUCCGUCGAACUUCCAGCUCCGCCUGGUUGGAAGAAGAAGUACUUACCAAAAAAGGCUGGAACACCAAAGAAAAAUGAGAUUGUGUUCACUGCUCCAACUGGAGAGGAGAUCAAUAACAGGAAGCAGCUGGAGCAAUAUUUGAAAUCUCACCCUGGUGGCCCUGCUGCAUCAGAAUUUGAUUGGGGUACUGGUGAGACCCCAAGAAGAUCGGCAAGAAUUAGUGAGAAGGCCAAGGCGGCUCCUCCACCAGAAAGUGAGCCCCCGAAGAAGCGUGGCAAGAAAUCAUCUGCUUCAAAAAAAGAGGAAGAAAAGGAGGAAGAAAAAGAGGAAGAAAAAGAGGAGACAAAAGAAGUGCAGAUGCAAGAAGCUGAUGAAACUAAGGAUGGUAAAGAUUUAGAGGUGGAAAAGAAUGUUGUGGAGGAAAAUAAGGAAGAUGAGAAGAAAGCAGAGGGUACAGAUGUUAAGGAAUCCACAGAUGCUAAAGAAUCCACAGAUGCUGGAGAAAAUGCUGACAUACCUAAUGAUGAGGAGAAAUCCAAGACUGCUGAUGUUGAGGGUUCUGAUGUUGCUCAGAACAAAGUUGAAGAAAAGAUUGAGGAGGAGACAAAGAAAGAUGGUGGCGCUGGGGAGUCAGAGAAACCAGAAACAGCACCUAUUGCUGAGAAAAAAGUUGAGGUGGAAGGAGAGAACAACAGAAGCGCUCAUGAGUUUGAAGGAGAAACCAAGGAAAAAGAAGGAACGAAAGUGAAUGAUGAAGAGCAUCACAAGAUUAAUGAUAUAAACGCGAAGACUGAGGCAGAGUUGACUGGGAAUGGAAGCUGAACUGGUUAGGUCAAAGCCCUGAGCAGGGAACUUAAUAAACUCUUGGCUUCUCUUCUCUCAUUCUGACCCCCUUUUAGAUCCUUCUGAGGAUGACUGUAGUUUUUGUUGUUAAUGUUAUUUUUAUAUGAUUGUUUAUUGAAAACUACCAUAGACAGUUGUAGAGUAGCCCUGUAAUGUACACCAUCCUUCCAUGUAUUGGAUUGAUGUGUAGCUUCUAGUUCCUCCGUUCGUGACAGUCUGUUUUAUGACACUUGUAAUGUGAUAUGAACCUGCUGUAACCAUAUACUAUGGUUAUUUUAAAUAUUCCUGUUACUCCUGCACUA